ACGUCGAUUUUGAAAUUGGACCAAGUCUUAUUAGCCCACCAUUGCUGUACCGAAAGCAUCCGUCAACCACACCCCCGUCCUCCCAACUGCCCCAGCAUUCAUUCUCUACUUUGCUAGUAGCUUCAACCGCACACCAUCACUACUGUUCUUCCUCUACAAUUUUCGGCCUCACAUUCUUCUUCUUCACGCGGGGGGUGGACACCAGGUCCAGUCUCGCAGACGUGAAUUCGCCAGAGAUCUUAGUGCGGAGGCCGAGAAGAAUCACCAGGUCCAGGCUCGCCCUCGGCGACAACGCGCUCCCAUGUUGAGUUGUGAACAGGUUACCGGGUGCACUACCAGGAUUCAUGUACAUAUAGAUCCUUCAGCCUAGCUUGCCUUACCGAAAAAGGCUUUCGCCCCGCUUUAUAUAUAAAGCAAAGCCUAGCUAGCCUUCACUCCCCAAGGCUUGCAAUGCCGGACCCAAUUACUGUUAGUGCUGCUGCAGGAUGGGGCGUAUCCGCAGUAGGCUGGCUCGCCUCACCCAUCAUUUCAAGGGUCCUCAACAAAGGUUUCACCCACCUCGACUUUAACGCAGCGGACAAGCUGAAGAUACUUGAUGUUCAAGUUUUACAACUGCAGCGCGUGAUGGAAGUAGUCGAUGAGAGCACUUACAUGCUUCGCUUAGAGCCACUGUUAGACAACCUUUGAUCUGCCCUCUACGAGGCCGAAGAUAUCUUACAUAGUGUCGAAUAUCAGUGUCUCAAGAAGAAGAUCCAAGAUACCAAGUCAGAAAGCAGCAUGGCUCAUCCAUUUAAGAUGUAUAUUCUGAUGAAGAAUCUCCAGUCUUCCAUGCCGAGCUCUCCCCUAAAAGAUAUGGACACUGGGUUGCCAAAAGUGGAAUUGAAGAAAAGCCUAGAGAAGAUAGAAAGUGCUAUAAAUGAUGCAUGUAAAGUUUUGAAACAACUGAACUUGCCAAGUGUAAGUAAUGAUAAUGGGAGACCUGCCGUUGCUACCAGUUCACGUAGUGCAGGCAUUAGUCCUCUGCUACGAGUAAUUGGUCGAGAUCAGGAUCGUGACAAGAUCAUAGCAAUGCUUCAUGAGAAGGAACACCGGUGUCAUGCAAACACCAUUAGUGGUACAUGUCAUUCUGGAGUGAAUUGCAAAAAACAUCGACAUUGAAGGCUAGGGUUGUCAAAAAUCACAAGUCUCUAGUUUUGUGCCCAAAAACACUAAUUCCCAGGCUAAUUUUUUGCAGAAACCACAAGUCGCUCGGUUCGCUCGUUUUAAGUGGGAUUAUGACAGGUGGGGCCCGCUUUUGUCGACGUGGCAUAACUGUUCAUCCGUUUCACUCGUUAGACGCCGUCAGACGCCGUGCGCGGGCCGACUCGAGCCGGAACCCUUUUGACCGGUCCCUCCCCGCUAGCUCUUCUCCAUCUCUCCAUCUCUUUCCCUCCCCACACCCUCUCCUCUCAGACAUGGCGACGGCGAGUGGCGGUGGCGACUGCGGUGGGCCUGCCGGUGGUGGAGACGACAGGCCACCGGAGGCGGAUCUCUGCGGCAGCUCAAACCCCGGCGCCCCUUCGGACAGCAGCCCCAACACCAGCCCCCAGCACUCGCUGGAGUUCGCGGCGGCUAGAUCUUGGGCCAGGGCCGUGAAGGCGGAUCCGACGGAAAGCCACCGGUGGGGCUCUUCAUUCGGCGGCGUCUAUUUGGACGAUGCUGUUUGGGAAGUUAAAAUGCACUUCCAUGAAAGAGACAACUUGGAGAGAUCCCUCUGCAUUUCAGACAUCACAUAUCACAAUUUGGUAGCAUUAAUAGAGACAGAGGGAUAUGGGCUGAAUGAUUACAUCUACUUUGUGAGGGAGCCUGGUGUGGGUAUUGAAGGAUUGGUAGAAAUUUCUGAUGAUGACAAGGUGGAUGAAAUGCUUGACCAUAUUGCUAAUAAGGAUCAGACUGUAGUGAAUUUGACAGUGAUUAGGGCCACUGAUCCAAGACCUGCAGAUUUGAAUGCAGGGUAUUUGUAUGAGGAGCAGGUUCCUUUGAGUCAAUUAGGAGAAAAACCUGUCUAUGAAGUCAAUCCUUCUGGAGUUCUAUUCAGAUCACCUGAGAAAUCAAAUAAACAGAGGCAGUCAGAGCCACUUCAGUUCUUUUCCACACAGCAGAGCACAAACUUAGAUAUUGCUAUGGAGCAAGAUGAGCAGGAGACACUAAUGGAGCUAAAGAGGAGAACCAAGAUUGAGAACUUUAGGAAACAUAAGGAGGCAUCUGAGCAUGUUCAAAUGGUUAAGCAAAAACUACCAGUUCUUCUAACUGAAGAUGACUCUGAUCUGGAUGCAGAUGAGGACUUUGUUAAAAGGCUUAAUGAUUUGAGGAGGCAGAGAGAGGACCCACUCCUUCAUUUUGAAGGAGACACUAAUGUGGAUGAAGUGUAUGGGGAAGAUGAGGAAGAGGAGCAAGUGGAGCAAGUGGAGGAGGAUGAGCAGAUGGAGCAUGAGGAGGAGGAGCAGGUGGAGGAGCAGGUGGAGCAACAACAUGAGCCACCAAAGAAGAAGGAAAAAAGAAAAGGGCCAACCAAGAGGUCACAUUCAAGCUUGGAGUAAAGAUUUGAGGAUGUGUGGGUACCAUCAUCAGAUGAGGAGAUAGAUGUAGGUGAUUUGAAGCAGGAAUAUGAUGAUGGAGCUGAGAAUGCACCUUUUAUUCUGCCCAAUGGAAGGAAGAGCAGAGCAUAUAAAGCACAACCAAGGAAGUGGUACAGUGAAGAAAGAGAGAACCCAGAUGAGCAGUUAUGUAGAAAGCUUUGUUUCCUUAAUGUGUACCAAUUUAGGAGAGCACUUCAGACAUUUCACAUAAGUCAGAAUAGGAACUAUGACUUCCACAGAAACUGCAAUGACAGCAUCAUAGUUGUGUGCACUAAUGUAAAAUGUCCUUUCUACAUUGCAGCUUCUGUUGUUGCAAAUGAAACUACUUUUUGCAUCAGAAAGGCUAAUUUUCUGCACACAUGCCCAGCAGUAGCAGAGAAUACAAAGGUCACAGGGAAAUGGGUGGCACACCAGUGUGAGGAUAUGAUGAGAAUUGAUAUUGGCACACCAAUCACCACAAUAAUGCAGAAUUUGAAGAAGAAAUAUGGAGUAGAGAUCUUAACCCAUAUGGUCUAUAGGGCUAGGAAACAAGCAUUGAAGGUUGUCCAAGGAGACCAGAGAGGUCAAUACACUAGGAUUAGAGAUUAUUUGCAGGCUGUUUUGGACACAAACCCAGGAAGUAGAUGUGUUGUGACCACUAAGCAUUUGCCACACCACCCAAGCAAGAACCCAAGGUUCCAUGGCCUGUUCUACUGUCUUAAUGCUUGCAAAGAAGGGUUUUUAAAUGGAUGUAGGCCAUUCAUAGGUACAUUGUGUUGUAACUUGUGUAGUGUUUUUGUUAUUUGGCCACAUUA